ACUCAGCCUCCCUCCACACGACACAACCCACCAACAGCAACAACAAUCCCACUCCUAAACUUACAAAAGCAAAGACCCACCUUACAGCUUUAAUCAAUUAAUAAAAGCACUCUGUUUUGGUCAUUACCUUCCAGCUGGAGAAGCAGCAAUGAGGCAGCAGCACAGCCUGGAAGCUCCAUUAUUGGUUGAGAGUGGAAAUUCCAUCAGGAAGAGAUACUGGAGAACAGUUCUGUCCUUUUUGCUUGCUCUUAUUGGCUUAACAUGUGUUGGUUUGAUACUGCGAGGCAAUUCAAGUUUUUGGGCAGUAGUGAGAGAUGGAAACGAAUUUAAUGAGAGACUGCAGUUUGGAAACACUGAAAUUGUUGAGUCUCAGCAAGCAGUUGUUGCAGCUGAUGAUGGCCGUUGCUCAGAAAUUGGAGUUUCAGUACUUGCAAAAGGUGGGCAUGCUGUUGAUGCUGCAGUUGCAACCGCACUUUGCCUUGGAGUUGUCAAUCCAACGGCCAGCGGGAUAGGAGGCGGAGGUUUCAUGGUUGUUCAUUCUUCAACCACAUCAGAAGCCCAAGCAUUUGACAUGAGGGAGACUGCUCCGUUAGCUGCUUCCCAGGACAUGUAUGAGACUGAUGUCAAUGCAAAAUAUAAUGGAGCACUAUCAAUGGGAGUUCCUGGUGAACUAGCUGGUUUACACGAAGCUUGGCUUAAAUUUGGGCAGUUGCCAUGGAAAACUUUGUUUCAGCCCGCCAUCAAACUUGCCAAAGAAGGGUUUGUGGUUGCUCCAUACCUUGGAUCAUACCUUGCUCGUAAAAAGAAUAUAAUACUGUCUGAUCCUGGCUUAAAACAAGUGUAUGCACCAAAUGGCAAAUUGCUGAAAGCUGGUGAAAUAUGCUACAAUGUGGAACUUGGCCGCAGCCUAGAGGCAGUAGCACAACAAGGUCCUGAGGCCUUCUACAAUGGAACAAUCGGUGAAAAGCUGAUUGAGGAUGUGCAAAAAGCAGGUGGAAUUUUGAAAAUGGAGGAUUUAAGGAACUACAGAGUGGAUGUUACUGGUGCAGUUUCUGUCAACACAAUGGGCUACACGAUCUUAGGAAUGCCACCUCCAUCAAGUGGGACGCUGGGAAUGUCUCUGGUGCUGAACAUCUUAGACAGUUAUGCUAGUUCAAAUGCAGCAGAGGGUCCUUUGGGUCUUCAUCGUCUGAUUGAAGCUUUAAAACACAUGCUUGCUAUCCGCAUGGACCUGGGUGACCCCGACUUCGUAAAUAUCAGUAAAACCGCAUCUGACAUGCUCUCCCCUGAAUUCGCUAAGAAAAUACAGCAACUGAUAUUCGACAACACCACUUUCCCUCCUGAAUACUACAUGCACAGGUGGAGCCAGCUUAGAGAUCAUGGAACCAGCCACUUCUGUAUUGUUGAUGCAGACCGAAAUGCUGUAUCAAUGACGACCACAGUGAAUUAUCCCUUUGGUGCUGGGGUGCUAUCUCCUUCGACUGGCAUCGUGCUUAACAAUGAAAUGGGAGAUUUCAGCGUACCUACAGAGAUAUCUUCCGAUAGGCUCCCUCCUGCUCCAGCCAACUUUAUUAGACCAAACAAGAGACCAUUAUCUUCAAUGACCCCUAUAAUCGUUCUCAAGCAUAAUCAGCUAGCUGGAGUGAUCGGAGGAAGUGGAGGAUCAGACAUAAUUCCGGCUGUGGUCCAAGUGUUCAUUAACCAUUUUAUUCUGGGAAUGGAGCCUCUAGCUGCUGUUCAGAGUCCAAGAGUUUACCACAAGUUAAUCCCGAAUGUCGUUUUGUACGAGAACUGGACAGUUUUGGAUGGGGAUCACAUCGAACUCUCAAGUGAGAAUAGGCACUUCUUGGAAGAAAGGGGUCACCAGCUACAGGGUAGAUCAGGCGGAGCAAUCUGCCAAUUUAUAGUUCAAACCCUUCAAAGGCCAAGGGAUGGGGGUCGGAAAUUUGGGAAAAUGGCGAACAAUGAGGUAGUUCAUGGAAUUCUUACAGCUGUUAGUGACCCUAGGAAAGACGGAAGGCCUGCAGCCAUCUGAUAUUCUCACUCGGUUAAAACCAAAAAAACUGUACAAAUAUGGCUGAGGGCUUAAUCCUAUUUCUGCAGCUUGCUGCGUUGUAAAUUAGGCAAUGAUUCCUUAUAUAUCAUUCAGCAACAGCUAGCUAUGGCAACUAUGAUUAUUUUGAAAAAGAGAGAAAAAAAGUCGAGUGUAGAAUUGAAUGUGUUUCUUUAAAAGUGCAUAAAGAAAUGGUGAAAGUUUCAGAGUUUGGUACAAGGCUCGGCAGUGCAUACUGUUAUUGACGCCUAACUUCUGGUUGAAAUCUCAAACUUACCAAAAAUAAAUGUCCAACUCCAAUUUAUUUCUGUAACACCAAUUACAGGAUGACACACUACAAGCCUCUAACCAGCUCACCCUCCCAUGUUCACUUCAUGGAUUAGAACUCGAUGACAUCUACAAAACAAUCAAUUGCGUCUCUAAUAUAGAUAACGACUGAACAA